AUUUCAGUUACAAAGUCCACACCAUGUCGUGGGAAGAUAUAAACAAUCGUUUGGGGGAAAGAUGUCCCAACAUCCUUCAGGUCAUCGAUCUGGUCCUGUCGUUACCGGCAGGGUCUUCGGAGUGUGAAAGAGGUUUUUCGCAUAUGAAGGCCACAAAAUCACAGUAUCGCAACCGGAUGAGGUCCACCACCAUGACGAUGCUACUGACCAUCAAGAUGCACUCGGCGGAAAUCCAGAAAUACGACCCAAGUUCAGCUAUUCACCACUGGAACCAAAACCACCACAGGAGACCCAAAUUCUUGGAGAAAAAGAGACAUAAUCCUAAUCGCGAUCUGGGGCAGGUAUCGGCAGAGGUUGAGGAUGAGGUUGAAGCAGAGGAGGAAGCCGAAUCUGACUUCUCUGAUAUAGAGUACAUCGGUCCCGGAGAAGAUGCAUAAUCUUCUUAACACGUUCAACUUCAGUGCUAACCACGUCACCAGACGUGGCAACUUUUUUUGGGGGGGGGGAAAUGUUCAACUUCUUUUUUUUGAUAGAUGGCAGUAGCUAAACAUGCAGAAAUUGAACUGGUAUUGUCUAUGCUGCGUUGUUAUCCGGAAAUAAUACAAGAUUCCUUAUUUGCACACAGAUCAAGCAUUGUAUUUGAAUGUUUUAUUAACUGAGGUGAUUUAUUUAAAAAAAAAAGUGUAACCUGUUUCAUUUAAAUAAAUCUUUGUU